AUGGACCAAGAGGAGUGGUGCUGCCCUCACGACCCUCCGUACACAGCGGUAGGAAACCUUUUUGUUGUUGUUGUGUUUCUUGUUGAUGUUGUUUUGGAUUGUUGAUUUUAUUGAUUUUGAAUCUCAGGGUGGUUCACAACACCAUGUAUAUGAAGCACAAAAUACAUAAUAAGAAUAAUCACUGCACAAAAUUAAUAAUAAAAAUAUCAGAACAUAAUAUAAAUUAAAAUAAUAAAAACAUACUAAAAAGAGCCACAAGACUAAUGUAUGCACACUAAUAAACAAUACAAAAGCCCUGAAACAACACUCCAGCCCACAAAUACAAAAUCUAAAUCAACGUAACACAUUUAACAACCAUUUAAAACUACCCCACCUUCUUGAAGAAGGCUGAUAUAUUAGAAGGUUGGAAUACGAGGUUUGGAUGGCACGCCUACCUAACAUACAACAAAGUGGCAGUGCAUAAGGACUUUUAAAAUCAUAUAGUAAGAAUUUCAUUAUACAAGGUCUGGGAUAAGUACUACAGACUAUUAGAGCCCAAAAAACCCUGGUGGGUAUCCCCAGUGGAGAUGAUAGCGGUAAAAAAGACAAACAUGGACACAAAUUGGGCAACUUACCAACAAUUAAUAAAGGUAGAACAGGGCCAAUUAAUAAUCAAAUUGUAUGAAGAAAUUAAACAGUAUUGUAACGGCUGGAUUCAAUAUCACCAAAUAGUGCAUAUAUUUAAUCAGGAUAAGAAAAUUGGUUUUGGAGAAAAGAAGUCAUUCUUACAAAAGGAAUUAGUACAAACUAAUAAAAAGACCCUAUCUAGGAUGUAUGAUCUACUUUUGGAAUGGGAACUCAAGGAUGAGAUGCUAAAGGACGUUAUGAUAAAGUGGGCACAGGAUUUUGGCCACAACAUAAUGUUAGCUGUGGAAAUUUGACAUCAAUUUCACAGCAUGUUAUACAAUAAGGGAGAAUCUAAUGAAAAUGAUCUACCGAUGGUACCUAACCCCUGCCGCAAGGAAUCGACAAAAAUCUGUAAGCAAAAAACCAAUGUGUGCUGGAGAUGUAACACCGAGAUAGGAACAAUGUACCAUAUUUGGUGGGGUGUAAGGAGAUAAAAAGCUUUUGGAACAAAGUUCAUGAAGAAAUCAUUAAGAUUUUUUUUAAAAAACCAUUCAAUAAGAAAUCAGAAGCGUAUGUUGCAAACAUAUAAGGAAUACCUGUUACCCAUUCAAAAUAUGCUCAAGAAUCGACAGAUGCAGCAAUGGUUAUCAUUUAUAAGGGCCUGUAAUUUUGGCAACUCGUCCUCAGUAGUGUUGUUGAGGUCAUGAAACUUCACUCUGCAUUUGCCUUCCGGGACUAUUUUACAAAAACCUCCUGAUUUGGCGAGGAGAUAGUCAAGAGCAAGUCUAUUAGCUGCUGCUAUCUGGUUCAAAUCCUCAAUCUCAGAUUGCAACUGUCGGAGGAUAUGUGUAGUGGCAUUGAUGGUUUUCUCCAACCUGCAUGUUAGGGCAAAUAGUGCUUCACGAUUUUGUUCAGCCACAACUCCCGGAUGUAUGCCGAUGGUGAGGAUGCUAACGAAGCCUCCACCAACAGCACCCACAGAGCGGGCCAGGAAAAUCUCAUCACUGCACUGUUCCCCUUGGACUUCUCUCCUCUUUCUGUUUCUAAGAGAGGGUAGAGGAGGAAAAGCCUCCACAGUCACGGGGAAAGUAAAGGCACCUAUUCCCACCCACUGAUAAUUACCAGGGUGGUAAUUAGUGGCUAGUCCAUUAUACAAGAACCAAAGAUUGGGGUCCUUGAUCAGCCAGCCAGAACAGAUGGAUCCCUGUCCGGUGAAGUUGACUGUAUAUUGGCGAAAGUAUGGAUACAGAUCUGAGGAUGUGGUGUUGCUUUGGUAAGAGGCGUUGAAAGAACCCCACAACCAAAACAUAGCAGUGCACUGUGUGUAAUUUCCCAGCCAACCUUUAUGUUGGUGGUGCUGGACAUGCGACCAAUCUUUCCAUUUGGCGUUCCAUGAUCCAGAGGCAUAACAACAAAAGCACAAGCCCUGGGUGGUUCUGGAGAACCUGAAAUAUCGGUAGGAGGUAUCAUUCAUUUCAGAAGGAGGUGUCACGAAAAGGCCACUUUGAUUAUACAGUAGGCCUGCCAAGACAAUGUCAGGGUCCCUGAUUAGUCCUGGGAUGAGGGACAUGUCAGCUACCUUUCUAGGGGGUUCAUAAUAAAGGGUGACAUUUUCUCCAUAUAUUUGAAACAUCUGCUUAGCAUUCUUUACAAAAACAUUUUCUUUUGUCAUUGGUCUCCUCAAGGUCAAGAUGCACAUCAGGGUUAACAUCAACUUCAUCAUGAUCAAGGAACUCCAUGGGUUCAAGGAGCCCAAGGAUAUCAACAAUUCCUCGUGGGUAGUAAAAGAAGAUAAGGAGAACAGUUAUUAUUACUGUAAGAAGAACUGGAGGUAA